GGUGCUGUGUGACGAAAUCGAAGUGGUUGAUUUAGCUUUGUACCUAGGAGUUGUAAUUAUUGAAUAAGGAUUUGUUUCCAGAAUGCCAGCCAUUAUUUCACGUGGAUAUUUUUCUGAACCAUGGGAUACAGUUAAAUUGCAUGCCGAAAUAUUCAAGCACGUUCAUGGAAAAACGUUCGGUAGGAUUUGUAAAUUUGUUGCAACAAUUGCAGUAGUUGGAGCCGGCAUUUAUAUUGUCCAAAAGAUAAGGGCUGAGAAAAGGAGGAAAAACCGCCAGCAAGAAAGUAGAGCCAAGAAAGAUGUGGUUAUUUUACACCAGUUUCCACGUGGACUAUAUGCCCCAAGUAUUUCACCCUUCCCACUUAAGCUAGAAACUUAUCUUAGAAUGGCGAACCUUAAGUAUGAGAAUGAUUUUACUGACUUCAUUGGAUCUAAAGGAAAAUGUCCUUUCAUCACCUUUAACGGAGAAGACAUUGCUGACUCUCAGCUUGUCAUAGAAUUCCUGAAUUCCAGAUUCAGUAUUGACCUGAAUGCUAAACUGAAUGAUGUUGACAAAUCCAUUGCACAUGCUUUCAGAAUCAUGGUUGAAAAUCAUACAUACUGGGGGGGUGCUCUAUGUCGCUGGGUGUUUGACAAGAAUCAAACAAUAAUGAAAAUUUCCAGAUGGCCAUUUCCAUGGAAUUUUUUAACUUAUCCUGUUGUCAGUAAAAUCAUUAAAAAAAGUAGCUGGUAUCACGGCAUUGGACGUCAUUCAGAAGCAGAGAUAUUGAAGAUGAUGAAAAAAGACUUACAAGAAAUGUCUGUGUUUUUGGGAAAAAAACCAUUCUUCAUGGGAGAUGAGCCAAGUGAAGUAGACUGUGCUAUUUUUGGAUUUUUGGGGCAACUUGUGUGGAACUUUCCAGGAACUGUGCAGGAGAACUUUGUAAAUGAAGAGUUUUCCAACUUGAAAGACUACUGUUUUCGUAUGAAGGAACGUUACUGGCCUGACUGGGAUAGUUGCUUGGAUCCUCCCCGACCUAGGGCUCUGGUUCAUUAAACUUUUGUUCCCUUAGCCAAUAAAGGAAUUUACAUGUGGAAGUGAUUUAAGGUUAAUUAAAAACAAGCAUCACAACUAUUUGGAUUUUUAGAAACACUUAAAUUAAUACAUUUUGUGUUCUUUUAGAUGUUUAUUUCGUUAUCCUUUGUGAGUUAAGAGUUUUUCUAACUGUAAUGAUUCCUAGCUGUCUAAUUUCUGUAGACUUCAGGUUCUCUGUCUUCUUUAAUAAGAUGUACUAUUACUUACUUCUUAGCUUACAGCAUAAUGUGAAAGUACUUUAUUAUGAAACUAAUAGUGCCUUCAUGACAAUUCUUUAUAAUGUUAAUUGUCAACAUGCUAGAAUUGUUAAGUGGUUGUGGACUCUUUAACUGAUAAAUUAUUACAUUUAUAUGAUACAAGAUCCUUUAUAUUUUAUCAAAUUACAUUUUUCUAAAGAUAGAUUUAUGUGAAUUGCUAACUAUAAUUAAUUUCCUUCUGAAGUGGAUAUAAUUUGGAAGACUGUGACUGCAUUUUAUGGUCUCCCACACAUGGAGUUAUUUAAUAUACGAAGUUAUCGGUGUUAACUUACUCCAAAUUGUUCCAUUUCAUGUCUUACAUUUCAGUAUUAAUAAUAUUAUACUCAUUAGCUAAAUUUAUUGUAAUUAAGUUUUAAAGUUUUUGUUUUGUUUUAAGGGCAGAAGGGAUUGAAAAUAGUUUAGUGUUAAAUACCCAUUGCUAUUUAAAGAAUACAAUGUGUCUUGCUGCAUUUAUUGCCAUCUGUUGACUUUUACAUGAUAUAUUUUUUAGUCAUGAAAUAUACCAAAUUAAUUAUUGUUUGCACCAUUAUACACAUACAAACUAAAAAUUUUCAGCAAGUUUCUCCUGUUAUUUAAUCAUUAAUUUUUGUUUCUUUGUCAUUACAACAAACCAUAAACACAACUGACUUUACCAGUACUGAAAGGAUUAACAUGUAGAAUUUAUAGAGCUACAUUUCAAAUGGGGACCAAAUUCUUUCAUGAAAAAGCUACUAAACAAGAUAAACAUUUAAAUAACAUGCUGACAUAGAUAAAGCUAGGAACUUAUCCCAGUAACUUAACUACAGUAAAUAGGCUGAACAAAAAGAUGGUCGUUUACAAGUUGUCCCUUCAAUUCCAUACUGAAUUGGUCACUCUUUUUAAAUACAUUUUCUCAUGGUAGUUACUUGACUCUUGUCAUUUUGAUAUAGUAACCGAACUAAAUAGGUGGUUUUAAAGUUAAGACUUUAAACCACCUCUCAUACUUUUUCUAGUUUGUUUUUCUGAAGAUUCACCAUACUUUUAAGAAACUCAAAUUAGACUUUAAACUACGUCUUGUUUUUGUCCAAUUUUUUCCUGAACACAUUUCUUUGUCACUAAAAGACAAUUCUAGUUGUGGUUAUUACAUUCUGUAGAAUGGUGGAAAUGUGCAUAUUGAUUGUCUGAAAGACAUUUUCCUUGAAGUCAAAUUUUAGUUUCAACAUUCUAAUGUAACUUUCAAUUCUCCAGUAGUGCCAAGUAUCUAAAACGAUCUUCCUCAGAGUGUAGAACAUUCCAUUUUAACCAACUUCAACCAUCAUUGCUAACAUUUCUAUUUUGUAAGUUUUGAUGUAUUACUUAAAUAGUUGUGAAAUGUUUUUGAGUUAAAUUAAUAAUGUUGAACAAAGUUAAGGUUGCUAAAAGUGUAAUGAUGUGGGAAAUUCUGAUCAUUCUAUUGUUAACGUGUAGUGUUGAUAGUGAUGAGCUAUAAUUUUGAUAUGAUGUUCAUAUAGGUUACUUUCAUACUUUAUAAUGAUACAUUUCUAUUUUAUAGUGUAACGCUUUUGUAGGCUGAAACUUGUUACUUGGAUAUGCAAUGUAUUUUCCUCGUAUUAUAAUAAAGAAUUGAUUGGUCUA